GCUGCAGAACUAGCACAGCAGAUUAAGAUACUAGCUACGGAAACGUACGGAAAGGUACAUGCAGUCAACGCCAAGCAGAAUACGGCACGGUCAGGUUUGAACAAGCAGACAAAUAAAAAUAGACGACCUGGAUCGGGAAGAAACAACAAUCACGCUAACAGAUUGGCAACAUCCCAUACGACGAUGAACGCGAAUACAGAUCAGCUGAUGACCACGAAGGUGUGCUACAAGUGCGGCACUAAACAUCCCUUACGUCAGUGUCCAGCAUUUCGUAAAACAUGCGUAAAAUGUAAGAAAUUAAAUCAUUUCGCCAAGCUUAGCGAAUGGACAGAAAAGUUAGUAGUUAACAAUAAUAAAACCUUAGUGGUAAAACUAGAUACGGGAGCACAAUGUAAUGUAUUACCACUUCAAAUUUUUGAUGAAUUAAAACUUUCUCAUAGUAUCAUACAGAAGUCAAAUGCAAAGUUAACGACAUACGGUGGCAAUCCGAUUACAGUAGUUGGUCACAUAGAGCCAUGUAGAAGAGUUCCUCUAAGACUUAAAGAGAAAUUACAGCAAGAACUCCAAAGAAUGGAAGACGAAGGAAUUGUCAAGAAAAUACAAGAACCCACUGACUGGGUGAAUGCUCUAGUAUUAGUAACUAAAAAAGACGGAAGUUUAAGAGUCUGUUUGGAUCCACAUCUAAAUCAAGCCAUUCAAAGAGAAUAUCACUAUAUUCCAACAUUUGAAGAUUUAUGUUCCAAAAUAGCAGGAUCACGCGUAUUCAGUACGUUAGAUGCAGACAGAGCAUUUUGGCAAAUUAAACUAACAAAGAAAAGCUCUAAGCUGACAACUUUUAAUACGCCCUUUGGCAGAUACAGAUUCCUGCGUCUUCCAUAUGGAAUUUCUUCUGCCCCAGAAGUAUUUCAUAGAUGCUUCCAAGACAUUUUUUCAAAUAUUGAAGGAAUGGAAGUAUAUUUGGACGAUGUAAUAAUACAUGGAAAGGAUGAAACAGAACAUAACAAACGACUCAUGGAGGUAACUGCUAUACUAUCUAUGAAACAACCGGCAAAUGUCAAAGAACUGGAAACGUUUUUAGGCAUGCUCACAUAUCUAGGCAAAUUUAUUCCAAAUUUAUCACAAAAAACUACCAAACUGAGAAACCUCACUAAAAGAAACACCGUUUGGUUGUGGGAUCAAAACGCCGAACAAGCAUUCAAUGACCUAAAAAAUAGUCUGAUCUCUGCACCAGUUCUACAAUUUUUCGAUCCGCGUAAAUCAGUAGUUGUUAGUGUAGACGCCUCACAAUCGGGUCUUGGUGCAGUACUUCUUCAAAACAAUCUUCCAGUUGAGUAUGCGUCACGCUCAUUAAACAAUACACAAAAAAACUAUGCACAGAUUGAAAAAGAGGCUUUAGCAAUUGCAUUUGCCUGUAAACGUUUCCACUACUAUAUAUAUGGUCGACAAGUUGUUGUGGAAAGCGAUCACAAACCAUUAGAAGCGAUCUUUGCGAAACCCCUGAAUAAAUGUUCGGCUAGACUUCAAAGAAUUAGGUUAAUGUUACAACCCUAUGACAUUAAAGUACAAUGUAAACCAGGUAAAGAACUAUAUUUAGCAGAUGCGUUGUCACGAGCGUACAUGACGGAUGAAAGUUCACUCUUAGAUGAGGAGAUACUAGCUCAAGUGUGCAUGAUUAGAGAUAAUCUGCCUAUUAGCGAUCCGCAAUAUAUACGUUUUGUACAUGAAACACUAAACGACGAUAGCCUACAACUGCUUAAGCAGUAUAUAGUAAAUGGAUGGCCCAUAAACAAACAUUUAAUUCCAGAUUCCAUUAAAGUUUACGCGACAUUCAAGCAUGAACUGUCUAUAAUAGAUGAUCUGGUUUAUAAGGGUAUGCGUUUAAUAGUUCUUUCAAGUCUCAGACAGGAGAUGCUUAAUAAAAUACAUUACAAUCAUCUUGGCAUAGAAAAAUGUAAGUCACGUGCCAGAGAAAUAUUAUAUUGGCCCAACAUGUCUAAGCAAAUUACAGACACAAUACAAAACUGUGAGACUUGUCUACGGUACCAAAAAGCUCAAAGCAAAGAGACGUAUGUAGACAGAGAAACUCCCCAAGGUCCGUGGCAAGUCAUAGGUAUAGAUUUGUUCUACUAUGCAGGCUGUGAGUAUCUAUUGGCAGUGGAUAAUUUUAGUAAGUAUGUAGAAAUAGCGAAACUAAGUGACUCAUCUAGCAGCACAGUUAUCAUACAUCUUAAAUCGAUUUUCGCUAGAUUCGGUAUAUCCAACUUAAUAUAUUCGGACAAUGGUCCGCAGUUUGUAAAUUCGCAUUUCAGAGAGUUCACAUCUAAAUGGAACUUUGAGCAUAGAACAUCAAGCCCGAGAUACCCACAGUCGAACGGAUUAGCGGAACGAUUCGUCGGUACAAUCAAGCAGAUGUUAAAAAAGUGUGAGAAUGAUGGGAAAGACAUGAAUUUGGCCUUACUUGAAUAUAGGAAUACUCCUAUAAGUGACAAAAUUCCUUCACCAACAGAAUUAAUGUUCGGUAGAAAAACUAGAAGUAUACUACCCACUAUGUUAAAAGAUUCUUGUGAACGUACCAAACAAUGCGGAAAAGCGGAAGACAAAAUUAUCUAG